CCGAAGGCCCUUCCCUCUUCAAUGGAUAAGGUUUGGAUUAGGUGACAUACCAAACCAUAUAAUUACCCAGGAUAUCAUCCUCAUAAUUACCUUGUAUGGAAGAUAUCCCUUUCUUUUGGGAGCUCGGAAUAAUUACCCAGCCUCAUAUCACGCACCUAAUUUCCCCAUUUUUUCUAUUUUCCUUUUUUAUUUUUCUAAAUUCCCCUUUUUUCCAUAAGGAAAAAAAAAACUGUUUUUUUCGUGUCUUUUUUUUUGGGUGAAUGUUCGUGUCAUUUCGUUUGUGUCUGUUGGUUCGUGUAUAAAUACAUCAACUCACUGUGGGACGAGAAGACCCGACAGUGAGAGAUAGAACAGAGAGACAGAGAGAGAAGCAAUUUGAGAAUUGUGUUGAGACAUCAGAAGAUUAGAAGAGAAGAUGGGUGGCACCAAGAACACAACCACCCGCGUCGGCAAGGCCAGCUUCGGCGUCUCCAAAUGCACCCGGCCUGCCAGAGCUGGCCUCAAACCCGACUCCCCCGUCAACCUCGACCAGGGGGAUCCGACAAUGUUCGAGGAAUACUGGAGGAAGAAUAAGGAGAGUUGCGACGUGGUGAUCGGGGGAAGCGAGUUGAUGAGUUACUUCAGCAACCCCCAUAUCAUGUGCUGGUACCUUCUGCCGGAACUCGAGGACUCCAUCCACCGCCUCCACAGCCUCGUCGGGAAUGUCUCGACGGAGGGCCGCCAUAUCAUUGUGGGGAGCGGCUCCACCCAACUCCUCCAAGCAACGCUCUAUGCACUCUCGGCCAACUCGCCUCAGCCCGUCAGCGUCGUCUGCGCAGCCCCCUACUACUCGUGCUAUCCGGAGUUGGCGGAUUUGCUCAAGUCUGGAUUGUACAAGUGGGAGGGCGAUGCGUACAACUUUGACAAGGAGGGCCCGUAUAUAGAGCUGGUGACAUCGCCUAACAACCCGGACGGUUAUACCCGUGGACCGGUGGUGAACCGGGGGGAUGGGAAGGUGGUCUAUGACUUGGCCUACUACUGGCCCCAAUACACUGCUAUCACCCACCAACUUGACCAUGACAUCAUGCUGUUUACUUUCUCAAAGAGCACUGGUCACGCCGGUUCUCGUAUCGGGUGGGCCAUCGUGAAGGACGAGAAGGUGGCUAGGAAGAUGCUCAAGUUCAUGGAGGUGAUGUCGAUUGGGGUAUCAAAGGAAGCCCAAUUUCGAGCAGCGAAGAUCUUAGGAGCAAUAUGUGAUGGAUAUGAGGGCUUUCGUCCCAUAGAUACGGAGAACUUCUUUGAGUACUCCAAGCGUCUCAUGAUCGAAAGGUGGGAGAGGCUGAGAGAAGUCGUGAACCAGAGCGAGAUCUUCAGCCUGCCCAAGUUCUCUCAGGAGUACUGCCUCUUCUCCUCCGAGUUCACCGAGAAUCACCCCUCAUUCGCAUGGCUGAAGUGCAAGGAGGAGUUGAAGGAUGCACAGAGUGUGUUGAGAGGGCAAAAGAUACUCGCUAGGAGCGGGACGAAGUUCGGGGUCGACCCCACUUUCGCAAGGGUAAGCAUGGUGAGCCGAGAAGACGUGUUCAAUGCCUUCCUUGAGAGGUUAUCAGCCACUAAAGGAGCCGUCAGCAAUGGGAAUAUGGCAUAGAUGUGAAGCUCGGGAAUCGGAAAGUUGCUUUAGUAGUUUAGUUAAGCUUCGCAAAUAAUAUAAUUGUUAUAUGAAGCUAGUAAAGAUGUAACCCCGGGGAUCAUUCCUUCUGGUGGUUUAGGUCCUGCUACUAAAUAUAUCAGGAAAAUCCAUAUUCACGGCA